CUGGGCCCUUGAAGAGAUAUAUUCUAGGGUAAGCCUGUAUAAGAAACUUGUACAAAAUCUCCACACUUCUUCAACCUCCGAAGAAAACCCUAGCGGCCACUGCAUCAGUUUCAAAACCUUAAGCUUCCAACCAUGGCGAAUGUGGAGACAGAGGUGGCGGCGGCCGGAGUGCCUAAGAAGAGAACAUUCAAGAAAUUUAGCUUCAGAGGCGUUGAUUUGGAUGCUCUCCUUGAUAUGUCCACCGAUGAGCUUGUCAAGCUCUUCCCUGCUCGUGCUCGUAGAAGGUUCCAAAGGGGUCUCAAGAGAAAGCCAAUGGCUUUAAUUAAGAAACUCCGCAAGGCGAAAAGGGAGGCCCCACCAGGUGAGAAACCAGAACCAGUCAGAACCCACCUGCGGAACAUGAUCAUUGUACCUGAAAUGAUUGGAAGCAUUAUUGGUGUGUACAAUGGCAAGACAUUUAACCAGGUUGAAAUCAAGCCUGAAAUGAUUAGCCAUUACCUUGCCGAGUUUUCCAUUUCGUACAAGCCAGUUAAGCAUGGUAGACCUGGUAUCGGUGCUACUCAUUCUUCCAGGUUCAUUCCUCUGAAAUGAAGUCCAUUUCUGCAUCUUCAAUACUUGAUCUGGUCUUCACUUUGAAGAGACAUUUUGCCUGCUGCACCUUUGGUAUUUUUAAUUGAUGAAAAAUUUUAUAUGCUUU